GAAUAUAAGGGGAAUUACUGGCGAGAGAGCUGUAGACCAACACUGAACCCAUUACUUUUCCAAGAUCAGAAAAAUAUUACAUGAACAGGGACUACUUCUUAUUCAGAUAGGAAUUCAAGCUUUGACAUUGUAAACCACAGACGAAUUGGAGCCUGGCAUUGGAAAGAGGUGUUCUGCAACAAAUUUUUUCUUGUUUAGAGAAGUUUGCUUCUAGAAGAGGAAAUCUGAAAAAUGACAGGAGCUAAGAGGAAAAAGAAAAGCGUGCUCUGGAGCAAGAUGCAUACUCCCCAGUGUGAAGACAUUACACAGUGGUGUAGAAGGCGGCUACCUAUUCUGGCAUGGGCACCACAUUACAAUCUGAAAGAAAACCUCCUUCCAGAUACCGUGUCUGGAAUAAUGUUGGCAGUUCAACAGGUGGCCCAAGGAUUGGCCUUUGCUGUUCUUUCUUCUGUGCACCCGGUGUUUGGUUUAUAUGGGUCUUUGUUCCCUGCCAUCAUUUAUGCCAUAUUUGGAAUGGGACGUCAUGUUGCCACAGGCACCUUUGCCUUGACAUCCUUAAUAUCAGCCAAUGCUGUGGAACGGCUUGUCCCUCAGAGUAUCCAGAAUCUCACCACACAGAGUAAUACAAGUGUGCUGGGCUUGUCUGAUUUCGAGAUGCAAAGGAUUGGUGUUGCUGCAGCAGUUUCCUUCUUGGGAGGUGUGAUUCAGGUAGUCAUGUUUUUGCUGCAACUGGGCAGUGCCACGUUCUUGGUCACAGAACCUGUGAUCAGCGCUAUGACAACUGGGGCCGCCACUCAUGUCGUGACUUCACAAGUCAAGUAUCUCUUGGGAAUGAAAAUGCCAUAUAUCUCUGGACCACUUGGAUUCUUUUAUAUUUAUGCAUAUGUUUUUGAAAAUAUCAAGUCUGUCCAACUGGAAGCAUUACUUUUAUCCUUGUUGAGUAUCGUGGUCCUUGUUCUGGUUAAAGAGCUGAAUGAACAGUUUAAAAGGAGAAUUAAAGUUGUUCUUCCUGUCGAUUUAGUUUUGAUUAUUGCUGCAUCAUUUGCUUGCUAUUGUACCAAUAUGGAAAACACAUAUGGAUUAGAAGUAGUUGGUCAUAUUCCAAAAGGAAUUCCUCCACCUAGAGCUCCCCCUAUGAACAUUCUCUCUGCGGUAAUCACUGAAGCUUUUGGAGUGGCACUUGUAGGCUAUGUGGCCUCACUGGCUCUUGCUCAAGGAUCUGCCAAGAAAUUUAAAUAUUCAGUUGAUGACAACCAGGAAUUUUUGGCCCAUGGCCUCAGCAAUGUGAUUUCUUCAUUUUUCUUCUGCAUACCAAGUGCUGCUGCCAUGGGAAGGACUGCAGGGCUGUACAGCACGGGAGCAAAGACACAGGUGGCCUGUCUAAUAUCUUGCAUUUUCGUCCUUAUAGUCAUCUAUGCAAUAGGACCUUUGCUUUACUGGCUGCCCAUGUGUGUUCUUGCAAGCAUUAUUGUUGUGGGAUUGAAGGGAAUGUUAAUACAGUUCCGAGAUUUAAAAAAAUAUUGGAAUGUGGAUAAAAUCGAUUGGGGCAUAUGGGUCAGUACGUAUGUGUUUACAAUCUGCUUUGCUGCCAAUGUGGGACUGCUGUUUGGAGUUGUCUGUACCAUAGCCAUAGUGAUAGGACGCUUCCCAAGAGCAAAAACUCUAAGUAUAAAAAACACGAAAGAAAUGGAAUUUAAAGUAAAGACAGAAACGGACAGUGAAACCCUGCAGCAGGUGAAAAUUAUCUCAAUAAACAACCCACUUGUUUUUAUGAAUGCAAAGAAAUUUUAUACCGAUUUAAUGAACCUAAUCCAAAAGGAAAAUGCCAGCAACCAGCCAAUCGAUGAUAUCAGCAAGUGUGAACAAAACACGUUGCUUAAUUCUCUAUCCAAUGGCAACUGCAAUGACGAAGCUUCACAGGCCUGUCCUAGUGAGAAGUGUUCUUUAAUCCUGGAUUGCAGUGGAUUGACCUUUUUUGACUAUUCUGGUGUCGCCAUGCUUGCUGAGAUUUACAUGGACUGUAAGGGCAGGAGUGUGGAUGUGUUGUUAGCCGAUUGCACAGCUUCUUUGAUAAAAGCAAUGAAGUAUUAUGGAAACCUAGAUUCAGAGAAACCAAUUUUUUUUGAAUCGGUAUCUGCUGCAAUAAGUAACAUCUGUUUAAAUAAGAAUUUGAACAAACUCAGUGACCACAGUGAAGUCUGAGACUCUUUUGUUGCUGUUUAGCUCUUGUCUUUAGCAACUGCCCUGAAGAGGCCAUAUGUUGGCAUUUUGUACAACUUUUUUUGUUGUUUGGAACCUACAGAUGACAAUGAAUAUGAUAUGACUUAGCAACUUCAUAGCCGCUGGUCAAGACUUGCCAGUAAUUUUUUCUAAUCUUUGUUACUAAGCAGAUUCACUUAGUUAUUUUAUAUAAAAUUCAGUAUGCAUUUAGUUUUAGUGUAUUGAAGGGUAAACAUGAUUUUAUUUCCUUUUACCACAAUGUUUUGUGUUGUUUUAUUUCUAUUUUGUUGUAAGUUGAUUUGUAAAACUGAGCAAUAUCUUUGUCAUAAAAGAUUUGGAAUAUUUAUAAGCCAUUUGUAAAAACCUCAGAAUCAUCUCUAGGUAACGUAAAAAUAACUUAGCAAAUGUGCCAUUCUCCCAUACCUUCUUUCCUCAAAAGCCAUUUAAAUAUCAACAAUGCUAAAUAUUACUUUAUAUCAUCAGAUCUUAAAUUCACAGAAAAUAAACCAAACAAAAACAAAUGACGAACUAGAAAUCACUGAUUGCCAUACUCCUCUAAAUAUUCAUUUCGGAAAUAUUCAGUAAUGUUUUCAUAAUCAAAAGAAAACUGGCAUUCAUGAAACCAAGUUCUU